AUGACCGGCUCGAAUGCUCAGCGUUCGCAGCGGGAGGCUAUGGCAUUAACAAUCAACGAGAUUGUCGCCCACCUUGUCGAAGCCCAUCGAGAACAUAAAGAUGUGAAUCUGAAUCGGCUCAAAUGCGUGAUUGCUCAGAAGUACGGUCUCAGCUCACAACCAAAACUGGUUGACAUCAUUGCUGGUGUACCAAGCGAAUAUAAAGAUGUGUUGCUGCCUAAAUUGAAGGCAAAGCCGGUCCGAACAGCAUCUGGUAUCGCUGUAGUAGCAGUAAUGUCAAAACCUCAUCGAUGCCCUCAUAUCAACUUCACUGGGAACGUCUGCGUAUAUUGUCCUGGAGGUCCUGACUCCGAUUUUGAAUAUUCCACCCAAAGUUACACGGGAUACGAACCGACAAGUAUGCGAGCUAUAAGGGCUAGGUAA